AUUUGCAUCGUUUCAAUAUCACUCUUAUAAAUUAUAUGCAAAAUGCGUCGGUCGGCCCGGCAGGACUCUUCCGUGCUUACCGAAGAGCUUGAACUAAGAUCUCAUACUGGCAUCUAUGACACCGAGCAACCGGCAGAUGGGCCCGGAGUCAGCCAGGCCUUCCCCGAAGGUGGUCGAGAGGCAUGGAUGUGCCUCUUGGGAUCCUUUUUGCUGAUGUUUCCGUCAUUUGGAUUUGAAGCAGCAGUUGGCACUGUCCAGGACUACAUUAGCGAGCACCAGCUUGCCGAAUACAGCAUCCGCGAUGUUGGCUGGAUCACCGCAAUUUUUGUGUUUCUAACUCUAUUUCUUGGAGUCCAGGUCGGACCACUGUUCGAUCGAUACGGUCCUCGAGUCUUAUUAACAUGCGGAUCUGCAGCCAGCUUCACCUCCUAUAUGCUACUAGCUGAGUGUACAAAAUACUGGCACUUCAUUCUGUGCCUUUCCAUCCUCGGAGGGAUCGCUUCAGCCAUUGUCUCAACAGUCUCAAUUUCAGUCCUGAGCCACUGGUUCCACCGACGACGCGCUCUAGCAUCAGGCAUUUGUAUGGGCGGAUCAUCAGCUGGAGGUGCUACCAUGCCAGUAAUCCUACGGACCCUGUUCUCAAGAUACGGUUGGACGUGGUCUAUCCGCGUUAUCGCCUUUAUAGCUCUCGGAUGCUAUGCAGCAGCAAUCAUCCUGGUCAAAGGCCGCCUACCAGCUAGCAGCAACAGCAAAGCGACAAUCGACUUUCGGGCCUUUCGAUCUCCUCGGCUUUGUUUCUUGACUGUGGCAGUUUUCUCCUUCGAAUUCAUCAUCUUCGGCUGCGCGGCGCUAUUACCAACAUAUGUCCGCUUUGCUGGCUUCCCAACAGACGUGCAGUUCUACUCGCUCACAGUCCUGAACUGCUUUGGCUUAGUAGGAAGAGUCCUUCCCGGAUUUGCGGCCGACAAGAUCGGCCGUUUCAACAUCCUGCUCUGUCUAGUGCUGCUCACGUUUAUCAUAAUGGCAACGGUCUGGCUGCCUGUUGGCUCUCACGAUGUGAAGACCCUGUACACUGUGGUGGCUAUCUUUGGAUUUGGCUCUGGGGGUUGGAUCUCCCUUGCUCCUGUAUGUGCUGGCCAGCUCUGCAGGACUGAAGAGUAUGGUCGGUUUUACGGUACCCUGUACUCUGUGGCUUCGUUCGGGGUUUUAUUGACUGUUCCCGUCGGAGGCGACUUGUUGCAAUCGACCACACCUCAGGUCCUUAUCGGGUUUUACUCGGCCGUGCUCUUGGUCGGGCUUGUUGGUCUGAUAUUAUCUCGAUGGGCUCUGCUGGACUGGAAGUGGAGAUGGAAGGUUAAAGUAUAAUUCCUCCAAGAAGGAUGUAUGAUCUUGUCUGCCAAACUGCUUAGUUUAUGGAAGAGUCAUAGCCUAAGUAUUCCAACAAUUAUGGUAGU